AUGGCAGCCAUCUACUCGAGCGUGUACGCGACAGCCCAGCUCGCGGGCGCAACCGUCGUCCCCUCCCCCGUCCUCGCGCACUCGCAACUCGCCCAACACCCCUCCACCCUCCCUACCCUCGUCGCGUGCGACCCAGAACAACUCAUCCAGCUCCUCCCUCAGCUACGGACACUCGCGCGCAGCCACGUCGUCAUCCAGGUCUCGACACGGCGCACCCGCGACCUCGCUCCCGCCCUCGCCCUGCGAGGAUCGGGACUCGCCCUCGUCUACUCGGCAUCCGACGACCAGGCCCGCACGAACGCAGUCGUCGCCGCACGCGUCGCAGCGCAGGGACACGGCGUCGUCCACUUUGGCGAGUUUGACCCGGACACCGUCGACUUUGGAUUCGCGCAGGACGACGCCGCGUUCGUCCGCGGUGACGGCCAGGGCAAGGCCCAGAACGGUGAGCAGGCAGCGACGAACGGGAACGGUAAUGGCGCGAGCCACGACGAGGCGUCGGCUGUCGCGCGCCUGUUCAGCUCCGCGUUCGCACACAAGCACGCCAGCUCGCAGGCCUACUCGGGCGCGAGUUCGCCCAAGACGCUCGUCGUCGCCCUCGGCAACACCAAGGCCAUCGAGUCGGCCCUCCCCUCCGACUACGCCCUCGUCUCGCUCAGCCUCUACCGCCCCUUGACUCCCUCCCAGCUUCGCUCCCUCGUCCCGCCCUCGACCGAAAAGGUCGUCAUCCUCGAGCAGGUCUACAAGAAGGCUGGCAAGUGGUCGCCCUUGUACCUCGAUGUUGUCGGCGCGUUUGCAGAGGCGGACGAGGACGAGAAGGUCCCGACGAUCUUGAGUGGCUCGCUCGGAGACAUCUCGGACGCUGCUGCUGCCGUCAACCAGAUUCAGGAUGCCGUCGCUGCCGGCUCGAACCCUUUCACCGUCGGCACCAUCCCCUCUGCCUCGCCUGCUCCCGCACAGAAGACUAUGCGGCCACCGAAGCACGAGUCGACCUACACCAAGCUCCUCGACGAGGUCUUCAACGAGCGCCUCUGGCUCGCCAACUCGCCCGAAUCGCUCCUCCCUUCUUCCUCCAACGUCUCGCCCACCGCGCCCGAGUACGCGCUCGGCCACGUUCUCGGCGCCAACAAGGAGCGCGAGGCGCUUCGUCAGCAGGUUCGCGAGGUCCUCGCUUCGAGCAAGGUCGACGAGGCGGCUGCCAAGGCGCUUCAGGCGUGGCUUGAGGACGAUCGCAACCCGAAGAAGAUCAAGGCGCUCGCGGCUGUCACCCUGCCCGAGUCGCUCAAGCAGGCCGACUUUUCGCCCAUGUCGAACUGGAUCAUCGGCUCCGAGGCGUGGUCGCACGACCUCGGCGCGUCGGGUCUCCACCACGCUCUCUCGACCGGCGCCGACGUCAACCUCCUCAUGAUCGACACGACGCCCUACCACCUCCCUACCGACCAGCCUCUCGCGCAGCGCCGCAAGGACGCCGGCUUGUACGCCAUGACCUACGGCAACGCCUACGUCGCCUCGGUCGCCGUCUACGGCGACUUUGCGCAGACGCUCCGUGCCAUCUCCGAGGCCGACGCGUACAAGGGUCCGUCGAUCGUCCUCGCGUACCUGCCCGGCGGCGAGCACGACUCGACCCCCGCGCUCGAGCUCCUCAAGCAGACCAAGAAGGCUAUUGAGGUCGGCUCGUGGUCGCUUUACAGGUGGGACCCAUCGGCCGAGCAGCGCGGCCGCGACGUCUUCCAGCUCGACUCGGAGAAGAUCAAGGCCGACUUGCGCACCUUCCUCGACCGCCAGAACCACCUCACCGAGCUCUCGGCCCGCCUGCCCUCGUUCGGCGAGGCGCUCGAGUCGACCUCAAGCUCGAAGCUCGUCGAGGCGCAGAAGAAGAAGGCGCGUCAGGCUUUCGACGCCCUCUCUGGCGCGCUCGAGGGUCCGCCUCUCCUUGUCCUCUACGCUUCCGACGGCGGCAACUGCGAGAAGCUCGCCAAGAAGUUUGCCACCCGCGCUCGUACCCGUGGCGUCGCGGCUCGCACGCUCGCGUUCGACGACAUGCCCAUCGAGGACCUUCCCCUCGAGACCAACGUCGCCUUCUUCACCUCGGUCGCCGGACAGGGCGAGUUCCCGCAGAACGGUCGCGAGUUCUGGAAGGCCGUUCAGGCUGGCAAGCUCGGCGACAUGUCCAAGGUCAACACGUCCGUCUUCGGACUGGGCGACUCGCACUACUGGCCGCGCAAGGAGGACGCGCACUACUACAACAAGGCGUCGAAGGACCUCCACAAGGCUCUCGAGGAGCACAACGCGAAGAUGUUCGUCCCGCUCGGACUGGGCGACGACCAGGACCCCGAUGGUCCGCAGACGGCGUACAAGAUCUGGGAGCCGCAGAUGUGGAAGGCGCUCGGCGUCGACAACUUCGAGUCGACCGAGCCUGAACUCGAGCCGAUCACGAACGAGCACAUCAAGAUCGCGUCCAACUACCUCCGCGGUACCAUCGCCGAGGGUCUCGCCGACAAAUCGACUGGCGCGCUGUCCGAGUCGGACGGCCAGUUGACCAAGUUCCACGGUAUCUAUCAGCAGGACGACCGCGACAUCCGCGACGAGCGCAAGGCCGAGGGUCUCGAGCCUGCGUACUCGUUCAUGGUCCGCCUUCGUCUCCCCGCCGGUGUCUGCAAGCCCGACCAGUGGCUCGCGAUCGACGAGAUUGCCGACAAGCGCGGCAACCAGACGUUUAAGCUCACGACCCGCCAGACGUUCCAGUUCCACGGCAUCGUCAAGCACAACCUCAAGCCGGCAAUGCAGGAGAUCAACAAGUGCAUGCUCGACACGAUCGCCGCCUGCGGAGACGUCAACCGCACCGUCAUGUGCUCGGCCAACCCGUCGCUCGGCAAGCUCCACCAGCAGGUCUUCCACUUUGCCAAGGAGCUCUCGGACGGCCUCAAGCCUCAGACGUCGGCGUACGCCGAGAUCUGGCUCGACGAGAAGCAGAUCGCAGGCGAGGCCGUCAAGGACGUCGAGCCCCUCUACGGCGAGUACUAUCUCCCGCGCAAGUUCAAGAUUGCGAUCGCCGUCCCGCCGUACAACGACGUCGACGUCUUCUGCCACGACCUCGGCUACAUCGCCAUCCUCGACGAGAACAAGAAGCUCCUCGGCUUCAACGUCACCAUCGGCGGUGGUAUGGGUGUCACUCACUCGAUGAAGUCGACCUACCCGCGUCUCGCCGACGUUGUCGGCUUCUGCACGCCCGACCAGGGUCUCGAAGUCGCGAAGGCUGUCCUCACCACCCAGCGCGACAACGGCAACCGUGCGAACCGCAAGAACGCCCGUGUCAAGUACACCGUCGACCGGAUGGGCAUCGACAACUUCGUCGCCGAGGUCGAGAAGCGUCUCGGCUACAAGCUCCAGCCCGCGCGACCGUACGAGUUCACCUCGAACGUCGACCACUUUGGCUGGCAGACGGGCGAGGACGGCCGCCGCCACUUCACCGCCUUCAUCGAGAACGGCCGUGUCCAGGACGAGCCGGGCAAGCCGUACAAGACGGCGAUGCGCGAGAUUGCCAAGGUUCACAAGGGUGUCUUCCGCCUCACCGCGAACCAGCACCUCAUCAUCGCCGACAUCCCGCCCGAGGAGGAGGCGACCAUCCAGGCGCUUCUCGAGAAGUACAACCUCGACAAGGUCGACUUCACCGGUCUCCGCCUCUCGUCUGCGGCAUGCGUCGCCCUCCCGACUUGCGGUCUCGCCAUGGCCGAGUCGGAGCGCUACCUCCCCGUCCUCAUCGACAAGGUCGAGGGCAUAAUGGAGGAGGCCGGUCUUCGCAACGACUCGAUCACGAUGCGCAUGACGGGUUGCCCGAACGGCUGCGCCCGUCCUUGGGCCGCAGAGAUCGCUUUCGUCGGAAAGGCGCCCGGCUCGUACUUGAUGAUGCUCGGCGGUGGCUACUACGGUCAGCGACUGAACAAGAUCUAUCGCGAGGCCGUCAGCGAGGAGGACAUCCUCGCGAUCCUGCGACCCAUGAUCAAGUCGUACGCGCUCGAGCGUCUCGACGGCGAGCACUUUGGCGACUUUGUCAUCCGCAAGGGCAUCAUCUCGGCCACCACCGAGGGCAAGGCGUUCUACGACAACAUGUGCCCGCAGUAA